AUGGAAACUGCAGUUCUUAGAUCGGAGCGUCGGGGCAGGAAAAGGAAGAAGCAGGACGUGCAGAAUGUUACUGUAGAUCGGGAAGGAAAGAAACGGGCGGUGGAGACGAGGUCGAAGGCCUUGGUUGGGAGAUACGUAAAGAAAGAAUUUGAGGGUAGUGGGGUUUUUCUUGGGAAGAUUAUUUAUUACGAUAGUGGAUUGUAUAGAGUCGAUUAUGAAGAUGGAGAUUGCGAGGAUUUGGAGAGCGACGAAGUGAGGGAGGUGCUCAUCGAGGAUAAUGAUUUUGACUUUGAUUGGUUGGAAAGAAAAAGGAAAUUAGAUGAAUUAGUAUCAAAGACAGAAGUAAAAGUAAAUGAUAAACCCGUAGAGAAUGCAAUUGAGAUGGUGAAUGCAGAUGGUAGGGUUGAAGGGUCUUUGUUGAGUGAGUUAAGUAAUGCUGGUGGUGGUAAUGGAAUUGAUGGAGGCCAAGUUGAAGAUGAUGAUGCUGAUUCAUCCACUGAUUCGUGUGAGUAUACCCAGGAUUUGAGUGUCUUUGUCUCGCCGCCAAAAUUGCCUCCUUCUUCGGGGAACAUUGGUAUUCGGGAAGAGUAUGUUUCAUACCUUUUCUCUGUAUACAGUUUCUUGCGGUCAUUUAGUAUCAGGCUGUUUUUGAGCCCAUUUGCCCUGGAUGAUUUCGUUGGUUCGCUAAACUGUUCUGAACCAAACUCUUUGUUGGCUUCUAUUCAUGUUGCUCUCAUGCGUGCCUUGAGACGGCAUUUUGACACACUCCUCUCUGAUGGUUCUGAGCUCGCUUCAAAAUGCCUGAGGUGCAUGGAUUGGAGCUUGCUUGAUUCACUGACUUGGCCAGUUUACUUGGUUCGAUACCUGUGGGUAAUGGGAUACACAGAGACCCCUGAGUUGAAAGGAUUUUAUAUUUAUGCCUUAGAGAAAGAUUAUUACACAUUAUCUGCAGGCAGGAAGUUGUUUAUUUUGCAGAUCUUGUGCGAUGAUGUUUUAGAUUCUGAAGAGCUAAGAGCAGAAAUUGAUAUGCGUGAAGAAUCGGAAGUAGGCCUAGAUUCUGAUGCUGUCACAGUAGUUGCUCCUGAAAAUGGGCCAAAAAGGGUCCAUCCUAGAUACUCUAAAACCUCUGCUUGCAUGGACCGAGAUGCUGUGGAGAUUAUUGCUGAGAGCCAUGAGAGAAAGCCUUCUUGUAAGUCAAAUUCUUAUGGUUUUGAAGCUAUUGGACUGGAUGAUGGUGCUGAUGCUGAUGAGGAUGGUAACAAUGAUGAAUGCCGGCUUUGUGGUAUGGAUGGGACAUUGCUUUGCUGCGAUGGGUGUCCGUCUGCUUACCAUUCACGAUGCAUGGGUGUGAUGAAGAUGUUCAUACCAGAAGGGACGUGGUAUUGUCCAGAAUGUACAAUCAGUAGGAUUGGGCCUACAAUUACAAAAGAAACAUCUUUAAGGGGAGCAGAAAUAUUCGGUGUUGAUUCUUAUGGACAAAUCUUUUUGGGUACUUGUAAUCAUUUACUUGUGCUAAAUGUUUUGAUUGACAUAGAACCGUGUUGCAAAUACUACUAUCAGAAUGACAUUCCAAGUGUUCUGCAAGCACUUAAUUCGACUGUGCAAUACAUUGCUAUGUACUCAGAGAUAUGCAAGGAAAUUUUAAAUUAUUGGGAAAUUCCGGAAGAUGUCUUUGUUCUUCCUGGAAUAGGUGAAGUAGGAACACAAAAUGUCACUUGUGCUUCAGGAAAUAGCAAUGGUAGUUACGGGGGGCAUGUGGAUGGUAUGCGUUUUGCAGCAAACACGCCUGCUCAAUGCAAAGAAGCUGCUGAUAGACUAGGUGGUGAUUGCUUAUACAGGGGGUCAUCUUUCAAAUCUCAAUUGUAUAUAAAUACUUAUGUUCAUGGAGAGUUUGCUGCAUCUGCCGCAGCUAAUCUUUCUGUUCUUUCAUCUGAGGAAAGUGGGAUUUUUGAGUCUCAUACUUCUGACAAUCGCAGGAAGAUAAUAUCAGCUAAUAUUUCACUUCAGUUAAAAGCAUUUUCAUCGGCAGCCAUACGCUUUUUCUGGCCAAAUACGGAAAAGAAGCUUAUGGAAGUCCCCAGGGAAAGGUGUGGUUGGUGUCUUGCUUGCAAGGCUCAUGUUACAAGCAAGAGAGGAUGCUUUUUAAAUGCAGCUACCUCAAAUGCAAUUAAAGGGGCUAUGAAGAUACUAGCUGGCCUUCGUCCUGCAAAGAAUUUAGAUGAAAGUCUUUCCGGGAUUGCGUCAUAUAUGAUGUUAAUGGAGGAGAGUUUUUCUGGUCUUACACUUGGCCCCUUCCUGAGUGCAGCUUAUAGAAAACAGUGGUGUACAAAAGUUGUACAGGCUACUACUUUCAGUGCGAUAAAGAUUCUUUUGCUCGAAUGUGCAUUCGUUUUCAAAUAGCG